UUUGACACAAGCUGUUGAACCGCUCUCUAACAGCCUAUCACAACAAGUGUUGGACACUUAACAGUAGACUAUCUCACGUCUGAACCUAAAAAAGCAAAUCCCUCAACUCCACUGGUGGGAGGAGGAUGAGGAGAAAGAGGAGGGGGAGUCAGAUAGCGACCAGAUUAGAUUUGUUUCCAAACGCGCACCGAUGGCGGUGUGAGGCGUUUGGAUGAGGAGGACGCUGCUUUGGAUUGGUGAUCGUUUUUUUUUUUUGCGCAUCUUUCUCCCUCAUCUUGGGUUGAACAAAGACAAAAGCCAUGGAUUACUCUCUUUGCAUGUUGGUUCUUCUGACGACUCUUUCGUCUGUUUCGCCCGGACAAUUCCCAACAUCCCAGAUCAUAAAAGACUGGGUGUUCCAGAUUCAAAAAGACUUGAUCACAUUAACAGACAAAGCCAGUGGGCUGGAGGACCUAAUAAAGAUAUAUCAUAAACACAAAACCCACUUCAGCGUGGAAUCCAACGACGCAAGAAAGCUGGUGGCAACGGCUGCAGGAAACAUAGAUAAACUGCUAGCUAAUCGCUCCGAAGCCCUAAAGAGACUUGCAACUGAGGCCGAAAAAUUUCAAAAGGAACAUGAGUGGACAGUCGACGGUGAGGCUAACGAACUCAAGUACUACAAUGCCAAAGAUGGCGUAAAUAAGACCGCAUUGAAAGAAAAAGAAAAAGAUAAAGAUAAAGAAGAGGACAAGAGCAACAGGUUCAUUCCAGAGGACUUUGAAAUAGACCCCGACUUCAAACGUCUCGUCUCUUACAACACCACUGCCGUCCACAUCCCCACUGACAUAUACGAAGGCUCCACCAUCAUUUUGAAUGAGCUGAACUGGACAGACGAGUUGGAGGAUGUUUUCCGACAAAACAAAGAGGAUGAUCCCUCACUGCUCUGGCAGGUUUUCGGCUCCGCUACUGGACUGGCUCGGUAUUACCCAGCUUCCCCCUGGAACGACAAGAGAAGUUCACCUGACAAAAUUGACCUGUAUGACGUACGCAGGCGACCUUGGUACAUUCAGGGGGCGGCGUCACCCAAGGACAUGCUGAUCCUAGUGGAUGCGAGUGGAAGUGUAUCAGGCCUCACCCUGAAACUGAUCAAAACCUCAGUCAGCUGGAUGCUGGAGACCCUCUCCGAUGAUGACUUCGUAAACGUAGUGUCUUUCAACAAAACCGCCAGGCCUGCAGCAUGCUUUCAGAACCUGGUGCAGGCCAAUGUGAGGAACAAAAGGGUCCUGAAGGAGGCAGUGCACAGACUCAAAGCCGAGGGCAUCACCAACUACACAAGUGGCUUUGAACUCGCCUUUGAACAGCUUGCACAGACCAAUGUGUCGAGGGCCGACUGCAACAAGAUUAUAAUGCUGUUCACUGAUGGAGGAGAGGAGAGGGCUGAGGAAAUCUUUCAAAAAUACAACCCAAAGCAAGAGGUGCGCAUCUUUACUUUCUCCGUAGGCCAGCACAGCUACGACAAAGGCCCAAUACAGUGGAUGGCCUGCAAUAAUAAAGGUUAUUACUAUGAGAUUCCAUCUAUUGGGGCCAUUCGGCUGAACACUCAGGAGUACUUGGACGUUUUGGGUCGGCCAAUGGUCAAAGCUGACAGCGGGCCCAAGAGAGGCCGAAAGGCCAGUAAGCAAGUCCAGUGGACAAAUGUCUACCUAGAUGCACUGGAGCUGGGUCUUGUAAUCACCGGAACACUGCCCGUCUUCAACAAGACUGACACAGGCUCAAAGAAGUCACAAAACCAGCUCAUCCUGGGAGUUAUGGCUAUUGAUGUCUCCUUAGAAGAUAUCAAGAGACUUACGCCUCGGUUCACAUUUGGUCCAAAUGGUUACUACUUUGCUAUUGAUCCAAAUGGGUAUGUGUUGCUCCACCCUAAUCUUCAACCGCUGACUGCCAAGUUUGAUGAACCUGUAACACUCGACUUUCUGGAUGCAGAGUUGGAGAAUGACAUCAAAGUGGAGAUGAGAAAUAAAAUGAUUGAUGGGAAAACGGGAAACUACACAAUAUCUACACUGGUGAAAUCUCAAGAUGAGCGCUACAUUGACGAAGGUGAGAGGACCUACACUUUCGCUCCUGUGAGGGGAACAGACUACAGCCUGGCCCUGGUCCUGCCAAACUACAGCAUGCACUACAUCCGUGCAACCAUAGGCGACACAAUUACCCAGGCAAAAUCAUUUUUGGGGAAAGAUGUUUCUGAGAGCCUGCUUGCAGACAAGUUUGAUGAGUAUGGGUAUACAUUUAUUGCACCAAGGAUGUACUGCAAAGACCUGAAGCCGCCUGACAAGGAAACGAACAACACAGAGUACCUGAUGGACUUCAACAAUUAUAUUGACACAAAGACUCCAAACAACCCUAUGUGUAAUGUGGAGCUUGUAAACCGGCUUCUCCUUGAUGCCGGCAUCACCUCUGAUCUGAUCAAGAUCUGGAAACGGAAUGAGUUGCAGCAGGGUGUUAUUGCCAGAUUUGUUGCGACUGAUGGAGGAAUCACUCGCGUCUUCCCCAAAAGUGCCGGGCUGGACUGGAAAGAAGACGCAGAGACCUACGAAUCGAGUUUUUACAAGCGAAGUUUAGACAAUGACGUGUACAUCUUUACUCCAACUCGCUGCACCGAAAGCGAUAACGAUGUACUCGUGAGCCGAGCAGUAAACCUCGAAAUUAACAACAUUACACUCAAGCCAGCUGUUGUGGGUGUGAAGUUGGACAUCUAUGCAUGGAUGGAGAGCUUCAUCAACAUCACUUACAGGAUGAAUUGCAAGGAUGAAAUCUGUGGUUGUAAGAAAGGUGAUCCGUAUAUAGACUGUGUCGUUCUGGAUGACGGGGGGUUCAUGGUGAUGUCCAAUCAAGAGGACUAUCUUAAUCAGAUUGGCUGUUUCUUUGGUAUCAUCGACCCUGACCUCAUGAGAACUCUGGUCAACUCGUCACUGUUCACCGCCAAGAGCACCUACGACUACCAGUCUCUCUGUGAGCCCAAGAGAGAGAGCAAAGCGGCUGCAGGCCUGCGAUCCAUUUAUGUGCCCACAAUAGCAGAUAUAUUGAAUUUGGGAUGGUGGGCGACAGCUGCAGCCUGGUCAAUUGUGCAACAGUUGCUGGUCAGCAUCACAUUACCAAAUGUUUUGGAUGCAGCUGAAACGGACGAUCAAGUGUCGGAUGCAAUGUCUAAGGAGGUGUGCAUCACAGAGCAAACGCAGUACUUCUUUGAGAACGAUGAGACAUCAUUUGGAGGCUUAUUUGAGUGUGCAAACUCCACCAGGCAAUACCUAGCUGAAAAGGUGCCAAAUACAAACCUGGUCUUAAUCAUUAGUGACAGACAACAAGGCAACAGCCAGUCGUGUGGAUUGGGGCCAUUAGUACAGGAUGAAAAGCAGUCUGCUGGGCCGGAUCCUUGUGAAAUGGCUCUCAGUCCUCGCUACAGGAAAGGCCCAAUAGUUUGCUUUGAUAAAACUGAGCACGAGGAGGAUCCAGACUGUGGCGGGGUGUCCGGCCUGACCCCCUCACUUUGGCUGAUGGUGGUCAUUCAGGUGGUGUUGCUCUGGGCUGUGACUGAUUCCAGGCACUAUGCCAUCCCAUCAUGACCUCAGAAAAACAUGAUCUAGCCCUUUACGUUCACUCCCUCCAGAUCAACAACAUGGCUACCAGCAUCCGGAGCUGCCACCCAAAGCAAACAGCCGCUCGGAACAAAAAGAUAAAUAAAAAUAAAUAAGUUAAAAGAAGAAGAGACUGAAUUUCUUUUGUUUUCAGAGUGUUCUCAAAGUGUCUUCAUUUGGGUGAUGUGGACGAAAAUAUUUGUCGGAGAACAAAGGGUAAAGUGAUUGGACUUCAACUAUGACUCUCGUUUCUUCAGCUGAGAAAUGAAGAGAUUCAUCGUGAUCACCAACUUUUCAACAAAAUCUGUUUGUCUCUGAAAGAGAUCGUUUUAAGCAUUGGUUCAGUGGCAUAACAGUUGCCAUACAUCAUGAGUGGAGUGGCUUGACUAUUAAAGAUGCGGAGUAAUUUUUCCACUACUACCAGGAAGAAUAUUACCCUUAGCCAAAAUAAACAUUAAGAAAUGACUUGCAGUGCUUAGUUUUUUUUUCUGAUUUUCAACUUUCUACAGUAGAAGCAAAGUCAUACAUAUUUUUUUUUAUUGUCCUAGAGAUACUUUAAGAGAAUACCAAAUUUCUGCGAUGUCUCUUACAGUCUGAUGUUCUUUCGCUGGUAUAACCAAUCUCCCGAGCGGAAACCAUAUCCUUAGCUACGUUUAUUCACAGAAGCCUGGAAUCGUUUAUUCUUCUCCUGCCACAGAGCGCUUGUUUAUGGGUGUUGAGUUUUAACGUUCGAGUAAAUUUUUGAAAUUAGCUCUGGAGUUAUGUGUUUGAAUUUUCUGCCUCGAUUUUUGUUUUGUUUUAGGAUUGUUCCAGGGUAAUCUUUGUUGCCAUAGCGCACAUUAACCAAUCAGGAGAUGUCCGGCUUGUGUCCUCUGUGGCUCAGUGGACAAAAUGUCUAGUGCCAUGUGGACUGUGUGACUUAAACAAACCCUCUGUAGACUGUAGCUGCUAAAUGGAGUGUACUGUUGAAUAUAUUGACUUAUUUAUUGGUUAUUUGAGUGAAGUGUCUGUACAGGGUUCAUGCAUUAAAGAAUCUGAAUGAGGGGCAAGCAACAUUUUCUGUGGUCAUAAGAGGUACAUUUAUAUUUUUUUGCUGUCACUGUAUAAUUUUACUGUCUGCAUUGACAUUCAAGUGCAUGUUGGUCUCUUCAAUUAUUUUAUAGCCCUGUUUCCAAAACUGAUCCCUCCCUGGAAACUCAAAGGAGGACAGAAAAAAAGAAGUCUUAGAUUGUUUUGGGUUCUUUUUUUUAAUGUUUGAAAGUUGCAAAUGUUUCUCAGCCGCAGCAAGAGUUCUGCAUGCAGAAAUAGAGCAACACUUCCAACUGUCCAGAAAGUGUUUUCCCUUUUUUUAUUUAAGAAAGACAAAGCAAGUUCACAUUGAUUAUAAACAUAGCUACUAAUUAAUAAACCAUGAUUUAAUUUACGUUUGUCAGGAGUUUAGCAGUUGGUCCAUUUAAUAGAUUAAAUUGAGUAUUCUAAUGAUUUGCUUAUUGUUGCAGUUUUUUAGUUGCAUGCUGUUCCUGUUUCUUUAAAUUUCCUAUAGUACAUCAGCCUUCUUAAUUCUUUCGACUUCUUCUUUCAUUUUUUUUUCUUUUUUUCAAAAAUGAGCUGCUGCUGUUGAGGAAAUUGUAGUUUUUUGUGCCUUGUCCUUACAUUUAUCACAUUACAGCCACAAAAGUCAAUGUUUGUUGUACAUUUAUGUUUAUUCGUCGCCUGCGAGUCAAUGCUUUGUUGAAGCUCCUUUUGCUGCAAUUACACCCGAAUAGAGAAUUCCCACCCAGUCUCAAGUCUUUUGGUCUCUAGCAGGUUUUCCUUCCUGGACUCAUUCUUUUAACACCAUCCAACUUCACACUAAGUCUAACCAACUUCCAUGUCUUUAGUAAAGAAAUAUCCUUACAGCAUGGUGGGCUCAGAUUGAAGUGCUACUUUUUUACAAAGGUGGAUUACAUUUAUUAAUUCUGAGGUCUGAAAGCCUGGGGUUGCUUUGGUUUUCACCUACAGAUAUUGCAUUAAUGUUCUGAAUACUUAUGCCGAUACAUUUAGUUUUAUGAGUACAUUUUUUGUUUCUGCUUCCUUCCACCUCAUCUUUACACUGCUUUACAGUGGCAUGUCAAAAUAAAUUCACAAUUAGAUACAGUGCAAAUCACAAACAUCCAUGUGACAAAAUGUGGCAAAAUUCAAGGCUUGUGAAUAUAUUUUCCAGACAUUUAGUAUAUGCAAAGUACAACUAUAUAUUUAAAAAAAAAAAAGUUUGAUUGAGGUCACUGUAAAAGUAAACAGAAGCAUGAUCUUAUUUUUUAGAAGAAUUUAUUAAUUUCAUGAAUGCACUGAUUGGUCAGAACACUGCUUCCAAGCAAAACAAAUUUGCCAGCUUCUUGAGUGAAAACAAAUCAAGUGUCGGCCUUUGAGAGCCACUUUGGAAAUCUGGGCUUCCCACAAGUCUAAGCGUGUCAGAAAUGAUUUGUUUUUGGUUGCUAAUUUAUGUAUUUGUAAUGUCAGGAGGAUUUGUGGAAUAUACCCCAAACAGGCUGGAAGUCUUGCAUAUUAACCAAGCUCUAAAUUCUCCACAUGAAAGCGUUCUUUAAAAAAAAAAAAACUUUAUUUGAUACUUAUCCUUUUCUUGCAGUUUGAGAAUCAGGAAUUUGUUGAUCUCGCUGCGACACUGAUACUUGGCUAGAAAGGUAGCGCAAGCCAGUCAGAUGCAAGAUGAUCCGCCAUCGUGUACUCUUUAGUGGCUGAUGAUGCAUAAAAAAUAACUGAUGCUGCCAGUGUGGUUACAUUGAAAAUGAUCCCUCCUGUUGACAUUUUACAUCAGAUAUUCUGUUAGAAACUGAAUCUGCUUACAUUAUAAGAUAUCCACUCUGGAAAAAAAAAAAAAGUUUGUCAUGCGCUUGAAACAUAGCCAGGGUAUUUGUCUGCAAGUAUAAGUGUACGUUCAGAUGCAUGCGUGCAGUAAUAAUUUUUAUGUGCUCAUCAAAAAAAAAAAAAUUGACAAUUUGCUUUGUUUGAUUUUUAACCAUGAACAUGUUUUGAUUUUCAGUUAAUCACUUCAUAAGCAAGGAUUUCAUUUCUGUGUGACAAACAUUUGUUGGUGGCAGACGAGUGAGUUUUUGGCAUUAUCCUAAAACCAAAACUCGUGUAAUCAUUCACUCUGCAGGCUGUUUUGCAUUUUCUGUAACUUUAGACUUCUAACAACAACAAUGUGGUUACAAUUGUAUCUAUUCACCUCUUUAACCAUCAGAAAGUGCCAUAUAGCUGAACGUGUAUUCUCUUGCGGAGAACCUAUUAUGAUAUAGCAUUUAUGCAAUGUUACUGAAGCACGACUGAAGUAUCUGAAAUUAUAUCCCUGUGCUGCAUGGAGAUGGCUGAUAAAAUCCGGUGUGCUUCUGCUUUUUAAAAAUGUGUAGCCUUGGAAAGCAUUAUAUCGUUGUCGAGCAUUUAUCCACUGUAUAACAAGGUAUGAUCAGCUAAUACUGCCCUCCUGUUGAGGAGACAGCAUUUGGCUUUACUGCAUACAAAAAAAUCCUGACUGAUGUUUAGAUGCACUGUUCAAUCAAACUGACUGAUGCCUUCCAUGAUUUAUACACCAUACCAGUGCUUUAGCCCAUUUUCUACAAAUUGGAAAUUGAGCAAUUGUUUCUCAGCUGUCUUUAGAUAUAAAAUAGUAGCUGUCCAAAGGUUUUCCUAUGAUUUAUUUCUUAAACUUGGCGCUGAUGGGUUUCCUUCCUUUGUUGACAAAAACUUCAUUAUACCAUAUGACUACUUUUUAGCAUCACUAUGAAGUUGAAAGUUCUGGUAAUUGCAUUUUCUGUAAUGAAUAUAUAUAUAGAAGCACCAUUUCAGUGGUAACUGAAAUAGUUACCACUGAAUGUAAACAAUGUAAACAAACCAGAGCAUGUUUACAUGCUCUAGCUUGUUAGCCAUUAGCUAACAUGCUAAUCUGCACUGGAGAACAUGCUUAAUUAUUCAUGCUUAUUUACUCCACAGUAAAUUAUUUGUAUAGAGUUACAUUUUCUACCCAAUGAGUAACAAAUCCUUUUUAGAGAUGUUGGAAUGCUUUAUAUUUAGAAUAAAUAUACCUCUUAUUAAAGAUUAAUGAUAUGAUCCAUAUUCACAGUUUUUGCAGAUAAAAAUCCCCUUUGUUGAUUUUCUUAAGUAUCCUGGCUUUACAUACAGCUGUCUAUUAAAGACUACCUCCUUUCUACCAAAGGCGUCAUAGUGCCAGUACCAGUGUGUACUCAGUCUUGGCUUAAAGUGUAUUUGUAAUUAGCCUGAAUAUCAUAUAGACUGAAAGUUUUGCGGUUUAUCGUGUAAACCUGCUCUUAUCUGUCCCAUUGCCCAUGCCAUUAAUACACCAAAUGACACUACAACAAGCUUUCUAGUGUUAAGUGUAAGUCCCACAAAUUGACUAAGAGUAGGCAAAGAAACAUUGCAGACUACAGAAGUCUCUUGACAGGAUUUACUUUAUCCUCAAAAAUGUAAUUUUCAAGUUAAGUGUAGUGUAGAUAUUUGCUGAUAAGAGUCUUAACUUUAUGUAAUUAAACUUGCACAGUUUAAUUAAGCCCUGCUUUUUAGUGCAGUAAAGUGACACUGCAUGUCAUCCCUAUUAGCCUACAUGUAUUGAUUAGUGCUGUGAUUGUGUCCAAAUGAAAUUACUCCCUACGUUCUGGACAAUUCAGUUUCCUCUGUUUCCUUUGACAUGAUGAGAUAUGUUUCUGAGGAGAACCUCUUAAUUCUCUAAGUCUAUCUCUACAGUUUUCAAUAAACUAUCGCUCCUGCAUGCUGAGUAGUUUGCAGAAAUGUUAAAUUAAUGUUAACAUGUUUUUUUUUAAUGUUUUGAUAUGACUAACCUAUCAAAACAUUCAAGUGCUGUUGUAGUUAAUCAUCGUGUGCAGAUAGAAUUACAAAAGCUUGCUCUCCUGCUUGGAGCCUUUCUUUGAACAUUUAAAGAAAAACAAAAAACAAUGACUCGUGUUUUUACUGCUCUCUGUAAAAGCGUUUUCUGAGGAGCAGCAUCUGACACAGACAGACUGGAAGCUGCACAAAUCAAAAUAGUCUUUCGCUAUGAACAUUAUGAUAAAGGCUUAAAAUUUACAUUUCAUGGUGAAAGUAAAAUUUAGCUUCCACAAAAUAGCUUGUGCAAAUUACAAUACAUUUAUCAAGCCACGCACAAAAAUAUGCUAGAAUUUUAAAGAAUUGCACAAAUUUGAGCUACAACACUAACUUAAAAUUGAAACGAGUAUCAGGAGUUUAGACAGAAACUCUGUUAUGGAUCAUUUAAUGUCUUAAUCAGACCCUCCUGUGACAAAGUAUCAUUAGAACGCUAAGUUUGACCUUGACGUGUUUUUGACGUUCAUCUUAUUCCCAACUACCAUGAAACCACAGGUUCUUGUCAACUUGCCUCCAAAACUCUUCUAUAUAUUUGAGACCAUUUUUGAUUACCGGUAAAUACUAUCCAAACAAAUUCUAUAUAAAAAAAAUUUGUCAAUUUAUAUUCUUCCAUGUAGAAAUUAUUUUAAAAAAAGACUCGUAUUAAGUACAUUUAAAACAAAGUACAUACAAGGUGUAGGUACUGGGCUAAGAAUGCUGGCAUGGUCUGUUAAGUCAUUUUUGGCAGAAAAACAAUGUAUUUAUUAAAUUAGUUUAGCUAAAAUCAGAUGCUGUCACCUCAGGAACAAUAUAAACUCAGUGUGGUAUAAAAUGUAUCUGAUUCUGUUGGUGCUCUCUAUACAGAUCAUGUGGGUUUGCCUUUUUCCUACUGGAAUUUUGAUGAUUGCUUUGUUUAUGAGUUUAGUUUUUUUUUUUAUCAAUGUCUAUUGUGCCAUUUUAUUCUUAGAGAAUAUUUUUGAUGGAUGGAGCCAUCAAGUCACUCCCUGUGUGACUCAGAUUUGGCACUCUUGGUGGACAGAGUCUCCCCCAACAGUACUUGCGUUGUGGAGGUUGAUUGUUUCGAAAAAGAACAUGUAAAUCAAAUCGGGGGGGGAAAGUGAACAAAUUGAACAUCCCGGGAGAGAAAAGUUGAUGUCAAAUGAGGUAUAUUCAUAAUAAAAUUUUGCCUUUACCCUGUU